AAGAACCAUAUAAAUAUGCCAGUAAAUUUGUUCCUUGUUUAUGUUAUAAAAUUCAGUCAAGAUGAUACCUCCACGAUCCAUAUUUUUACUAUUAGUUUCAUCUUGCAUCCCCCUUAUCAGAGCACAGGGACGGGGGGACCCAUCAUGUUGUGACAGCCCCAUAUGUCUACAGGAAACAAUCCAAGAUAUUAUAGCGAAGCUUUCAGUUGGUAUUCAAUCAAACAACGAGGAAUUGUCCAUCAACCCUCUUCGGUACUCUGGUUCCUUGGUCUAUCACAUCAACGUUUCGGAACUCAACUACAUAGCUGAAAUGACCAAUAAUGUGUUCCAAGGAUUUGCCGAUUCAGUAGUGUCAGAUGCUCAUUUGAGCGACGAUGGACCAAACACUGUGAUUUCCUUCACCACCAGGGCCCCUUAUCUGAAUCACACGGGAGAUUAUACGAUGGUUGGAGUGCUCCAAACAUUAGAAGGCUUCGAUGGUGAAAUAACUCUCAAAGAAAAUGGAAUAGCUACAUUCACAUACAAUAACACGGAGUUCCAUCAUAGAAUCAUCGUGGGCACCGAAUACAGACACGAAAAACCAGUCUUCAGAGUGCGAUCGUACAGAGUGAAGCUGCAGCAUGCCGAAGCGUACACUGCGACCUUCAGCAACCUCUUCGGCGGCAAGGACACCGCCAGGUCAGACGCUUACUCUGGCUACAUCAGCAAGUCCCUUCCAAAUAUCGUCAAGCAGAUUAUGCCGGAAAUAAAUGGCGCCUACACCAAGGUUUUCGGCCAGCUUGGUCGGGAACUUAUCAAUGGCACUCCAGCAGAAAUUCUGUGUCCAGGUAGACAAAAAAACUGAUGCUAUUGAAGAUACGGAAUGAUUCGUUCUAAAAUAAUAUAUAGAUACUUAAUAAGGUACUGCAUUUAUAAAAAUAAAUGUUUCUAGAAUCCGAA